AUGUAUCUUCCUUUGAAUGAACCUACUAACUUAACUGAAAUAUCAGUAUCUUUAUCAGCUCUUUUAUCUAGAGAAAUUGAAUCAGCCUCAUCUAGACAAAAUGGACGUACAGAAUAUUUAGAACGCAAUGUUCUGUUUAUUAUUCAGGAGUUAAACACAAUCCCAAAUGAAAGUUUUAUAGUUACUGAUUUACAAAGUCAUCAGGAUGAGAGUUCUAGUGAGAUUUUAAAAUGA